GACAGACAGACAGUGUAUGAGGGACAGACAGACAGUGUAUGAGGGACAGAGGGGCAGAGGGGCAGCAGAUGCCAGGCCAGGGGCAAGACUUGGGGGCACAGAGAGAGGGGGGGAAGGAAUGGUGGGGUAGGUUGGUGUCGGGGAGACUGAACGAGUGAAGAAGAAGAAGAAGAGAGAGAUAAAGAGGAGGAAGAGCUGAGGAGCCGGAGGCAGAGAGAGGAUCUCGGGGGCCCCCAGGAAACAAUGAGCUGAGAAUGGGGGGGCCAGAUGUCGCCCCGAGUUUAUUUUGCCUCUUGUUUCUUCACCUUCGAUUCCUGGUCUCUGCUCACAUCCAUCAUCCCCUGUGCCCCAAACCAGUGCUCCCCCCAAAUAGCAAAGUUGCCCCUCUCCUUUCCAAUGUAUCGCUGACCUGCCCGGGCUGCGAAGGAGAUGUUUUCUGGCGCUGUGGCCAAGUUGAGUGCCCAAAGAGGAUGAUGAAAGAGGGACGUCUGCUCUUGAAAUCCAUCCAAAGCAAAGAUGGGAAAGUCUACACCUGCAUCAAGGAGAAGCAAAGUGUGUGCUCAGUGGAGCUCCUGGUGGAAGAGGAGUUGGAAAAGCCCGUGAUGGAGUGCUACCUGCGGCACCCAGCCAGCAACAUCACCUGUGAGUGGCAAAAGAACUCAAGGAUUCCUCGUGGCAACAAAGUCACCCUCAUUUCAAGCAGGGGGAAUAAGGCCAAGGCAACAUCCAAUCCCUGUUCCUAUCGCACCUAUUCCAAGAAGUACCAGUGCCGCCUUCACCACACAGAGGACUACACCGAGAGCUACUACCUGUCCAUGUGUGCGACCAGCCAGACAGACAGUAAAAUAGGUGACGCCAUGAUGGUUAAUUACAGGUCUAUAAUGCAGCCGGAUCCUCCCAUCGAAGUGACCGUUUCACCCAUAGAUUUUGCCCCCAGGAAGUUACAAGUGACCUGGCGCAAACCGCGAUCCUGGAUCGGGAAUUUUUAUGCCUUGUUGUAUGAAGUCCAGUACCGGCCAGAAAACUCCCAUCAAGUCUCCAGUGCCGAAACGUCAAACUGUACUUUCCAUAUUGUAGAUGCCAUCAAGGGCAGGAGGCACUUUGUGUCGGUGAGGGCCAAAGAGGAAUUUUAUGGUUCGUGGAGUAUCUGGAGCCAAGAGGCCAACGCCACACCAUGGGCAGAUUCUGCUCCAACAGAACCAACCGAGGAGACACUGCAGGAGGUCUCCGCCUUUUACUUUUACACGGACAGCCCCCAAGGGGACAAUGACGAAGACUCUGGGAUAACGAUUUCACCCUCCAAGCCCCCCUGGUACACGUACGUCAUUGGUGGGAUCAGCUUUGGCUUCAUCCUCCUGCUGGUUCUGGUGGUUCUGAUAAGGCAGCACCACAAAUGGACCUCCUGUAUAGCCAAGGGGACUAAACUAAACACUCUGUACUGGGCCGUCCCUUCCGGGGUUAAAUCCCACGAGAAACCAUCGGCCAACCACGGAGACACCACCGAGACCCCACUGCCCUGAGCCCAGAGUGAGGAAUGUGAUUGGAUCCCAGACAGCGUGGAACUUGGAUGUCUAACUGCCCCAGGGCAAGGGCCCAACGGCAAGGGCCACGGGGCAAAGAGACUUUAUUCAGGGCCCAAUUGGAUGUAAAUAAUGUAAAUACGUGUAAAUAAAUAUUCUCUGGAUA